AUGGCAUCUAUCUUUGAGGACUUCAAAGAAGGCCAGAUGCUCGGAUCUGGUCCGCGUCUGGCAGCUGCUCUUACGCCCAUUGCACCCUCCGCAUACCCCAAUCGAUUGUUAUCGUUCUACAACUUCACCAACUCUAAUCGCCUUACGGUAGAUCUUCGCUAUAGACUCUUCCAGGCCAAUGGCUUGAAGCUUCCGAAGCAAGAUCAAUCCUGGUGGAUCGACAUUUUUAUCCAGUUUUGGAAAACUGUGGGAGAGAUACUAAAGUUGGAGGAAUCUAUCCCAUCAGCGAGCUGGAGUCGGGUGUUCGACCAUUGGAAAGAUCUCGCUGGGUGCCUCCACCGUUGCUAUACACACCACGGCAUGCAGGCUUGGACGGUGCCGUGUCUCUACGUGGUUGGGAAAUACUUGCGGGUCUUUGCUAUCAAAGCAGAUGCGGAGUCGUCUUCACAAGGGUCUAUGAGUUUUGGGGGUCGCUUUCAAGAUGAUAUCACGGCGGACUACGAGAAGAAUGCGAAGCUUGAGGAGGCCGCGCGAAUCAUCAACCGGAUGUUCACUCUUUGCCUUAGCGACAGAGCACCUAUUGAGGAAUCGCGAAAGUGGGGUGUUUAUUACACAACGAACCUCCUAUUCAAGACAUACUUCAAGCUCAACUCGGUCGGACUCUCCAAAAACCUACUUCGUGCACUGAGUGCUUCGUCUGCCGAUCUUCCACCACUGGAGGCCUUUCCCAAGUCUCAUAUUGUCACUUUCAAAUACUAUGUCGGUCUCAUAAACUUCCUGGAUGAAAAUUACGCCGAGGCGGAAAAGCAUCUGGCAUAUGCGUAUAACAUGUGCCACAGGAAUGCAAUCAAGAAUCGAGAGUUAAUUCUCAUGUAUCUCGUCCCCUGUCAUAUCGUCACCACCCAUACUCUCCCAAGCCAAAAACUUUUAGCACCUUUCCCACGAUUGGAGAAGUUAUUUCGCUCACUGUGCAACUGCAUUCGGAAGGGAGAUCUGGUUGGAUUCGACGCAGCAAUGUCUGCGGGAGAAGAGGAAUUUGUCAAAAGGCGCAUCUAUCUGCCUCUUGAGAGAGGGCGUGAUAUUGCUCUGCGUAACCUGUUCCGAAAAGUCUUCAUUGCUGGGGGUUACGAGGAGUCCAAGGAUGGCCAGCCUCCCAUUCGUCGAACACGUGUUCCUGUCGCCGAAUUCGCAGCCGCUCUAAGGAUUGGCACUCAUGCUGAUGACAGAUCUCGUGUUGAUAUCGAUGAAGUUGAAUGCCUACUCUCAAAUCUCAUUUACAAGGGCCUUAUGAAGGGGUACAUCGCUCGGGAGCGCGGCAUGGUUGUCUUGAGCAAGGGUGGUACCGCUUUUCCGGGAACAGGCGUCUAA